AUGACUGUAAUAUGUGUUGUUGAAGGAUGCCCUUGGAAAGUAACUGCUCGUGCUGUUGGGAGAACAAAAAUAGUUCAAGUGCAUACAUUUAGAAAUGAACAUAACCACUCUUUAGAAGAUGUGUCAAUUUCCGAACCAGUAGUUCGUUGUAAUCAAGCCACAGCUAUGAUUGAUGAUGUUAUUCGUUCAAAUCCAGAUUACUUACCCCGUCAAAUAUGUAAAGACUUUCGUCGACAAUACGGAAUGCAAUUGAAUUAUUGUCAAGCAUGGAACUUGAAAGAGAAGGCUAAAGAACGAAUUCAUGGUGUGCCGCAAUGUUCGUAUAAGUUGUUACCUUGGUUAUGUACAAGGCUUAUUGAAACAAAUCCAGGGACGAUUGCUGAAUAUAGAUGUUCGGAUGAUGGUCAUUUUAUGCAAUUGUUUGUUGCCCUUUCAGUGUCAAUACAUGGGUUUCAACUGGGAUGUCGGCCUAUUAUAUCAAUAGAUUCAUCCCACAUGAGUGGGCCAUACAAGGGUGCUUUAUUUUCAGCUUCUUCCUAUGAUGCUGACGAUGGCAUGUUUCCACUUGCUUAUGGCUUAUUUAGCUCUGAGAAUUACGAGGAUUGGCUUUGGUUUUUAGAGAAAUUGAAGAUGGUCAUUGGUGAAAGAGAUGUUAUAAUAAUAUCUGAUAGGCACCAAGGGAUUAUCCGUAGUGUUUCAGAGGUAUUUGGUAGUGAAAACCAUGCACAUUGCUAUCGUCACAUUAAAGAAAACUUCAGUAGCUUUCUAACAAAGCUAAACACUAAAGGGAGAAAAGGAAAGGAAAAUGCUUUGCAAAUGCUUGAUUCUAUCGCCUAUGCUAGGUUAGAUUAUGAUUAUGAGGUUGCAAUGGAUACCUUAAGGACAUUUAAUCAUGAUUUGGCGAAGUGGGUUGAAGAAAAUAACCCUCAACAUUGGGCAAUCUCUAAAUUUAAGAAGAUACGUUGGGAUAAGAUGACAAGUAAUUUGGCCGAGUCUUUCAAUUCUUGGUUAAGACAUGAACGACACCAUAACAUUUGUGUUUUCUUCAUCGAGCAUAUGGAUAAGUUAGGAUCUCUUUUAGUCGAGCAUAAAAAUGGACUUGUAAAAUGGAAUGGGUGUAUUGGUCCUAAAACAGAAGAAAAGAUUGCAUUGAACAUUGGAAAAGGUGAAAAUUAUAUCACUUAUUUACACUUGGGUAGUUCGAUGAAAGUAUCCAAUGGAAAAGCAUUCCUGGAAGUGAACUUAAUGGAGCGAACUUGCACAUGUAAAGCAUGGCAAAUGUCUGGAAUCCCAUGUGAUCAUGCUUGUGCAGCUAUACGGCGAAUGGGGUUUGAUGUAUCUGAUUAUGUUGAUGACUGGUAUAAGUAUAAUUUGCAAGAGAAGAUAUACUCUAGAAGCAUGCGUACUUUGGUAACGCAUGACAUGCCAAUGAUUGAUGAAGAUGGAACCGUUCGUGAUGCCUUGGGUCAUACUUAUCCCUUUCUUAAUCCUCCAACCACAAACCGACCUCCUGGAAGACCUAGGAAACGUCGAAUCGAGUCUCAAUUCAUGUCAAAAAAAACAGUUCAUUGUUCUCGUUGUAAUCAGCCUGGGCAUAAUCGUGCGACAUGUAACAACCCAUUGCUGUAA